CUCAGUAACUUUGAUCUUCUCCUUCUUUACCACCAGGCUUUCCACAUCUGUAGCAUCCCACAAUGGGCAAUAUUUUGUCAUUAAGCAAUUAGCUAUAUUUCUUAAUUGUAAAUAUUGAAAAAUUGUGGACAUGGCCCUCCUAUUUCACUGCUUAUUUUGUUACAGGAUUUAAAAUACUCGUUUGUGAAAAUACUCCUUAUCUCUACCAACCCAUAACUGCACCAUGAUUUCAGAUGGCCUAAGAUAGUCUUGUCUUCCAUUUCCUCGUUUUAUUCUAUUUCUGGUAAACUGACGUUAUUUCCGCUUUGCAUUGACCAGAAAUGUGGCACAAUCUGAGGGAAGGGAGGGGUGAGCCCAGGGCAAGGCGAGACAGUGGCCAAUCACUGCGAAGAUUGCCUUUUAAUUUGGGGGACUGGGCUGGUAGGACUUCCCCUUUCCAUCUUGGAAGUUCCUAUUUCACUUCAGCUCUUGUGGAGCUUUCCAAAUGAAGAAGUACUGACAGAACAAAGACUUCCUAAUAUGACCCCUCAUGGGAGGGAGAGUUAGAAACCCCUUGCUUUAGUCGAGCUUUCAUUUGUAACCUGUUCUCCAAACCAAAUGCAAAUCCCUUUCCACCAGUUACACCUUAAGCUUUGAAAAGGACUCUUCCAAUGACUUCAGAGGUCACCUAUGCUGAAGUGAGGUUCAAGAACAACGGGCCUUCAUCUGCUGAACCCAAAGCAUCUUCAGGAAGCGAAAAACCACUUAGUACAUUCCAGAAAUGCAAGCCCUGGUUUCCGUGGGUGGUGUCAGGGUUUUUGAUGUUGCUCUCUGUCAUCCUUCUUGUUUUCAUCAUUGUUAUCCUCAAAGGAAGUCCAAAGAAGGGAUUCCUCAAAAGCCAGUUUCAGAAAUCAACAGAAUGGAAUUGCCUCCUGAAGAGACCUGAAGGAAAAGAACCACAGCUGUCAUGCUGCAUGGCGGACCUAGAGCAAUAUGGAUCCAGCUGCUACUAUUUCUCCAAAGACGAAAGAACCUGGAACAAGAGCAGGGCAGAAUGCAUGAAGAAGGGCUUCGACUUGGUGAUUAUAAAUUCAGAAGCUGAGCAGGGUUUCCUUACAAACCAUACCCAGAACAGUCAAGUGGAAAAUUUUUGUAUCGGUCUCACAAAUCAGAAGGGAACAGAUCAAUGGCAUUGGGUGGAUGAGACUCCUCUUGACCCCAUGCUAAUGUUCUGGAGAAGCAAGGAACCUAGUAAUGUUGAUGAAAACUGUGUUGUCAUGCAUAUAGGUAAAGGAAAAGGCAAAAAGAUGAAGAAUAACUGGAACGAUGUCCAGUGUUUAGUGGACAAGCAUCAUUAUGUUUGUGAAACAAAUACAGUAUCUUUUCCCAUUUAAAGGAUGAUCUAGAGCCAAAAGAACACUUCAAACUAUUAAUCAUGGGCCCCCUGACUGGACAGACUGAAUCCAUUCUGAGCAUGGGCUCCACAUGAGAAAGGUGUGCAUUCUCAUUCCACAACUGUGCUCCAAAAGAAAUGUAAUGUCUAGAAAUUUUCAAAUGAUAGGGAGAAUCCAAAGUUCAGUAGAAAGUGAUUAAUAUGUAGCCGUAGCAUGUAGCUCCAGCCCUAACCACGUCUUCUCAGAAGUAAAUUCCAUUGAAUUCAAUGAGAUUUACCCCUAGGUAAGUGGGAUUAGGAUUACAGAGUAGGAGUCAUUCCUGCAGCAGAAUUAAUUCUCAAAGUGUUCUCUCUGGCACCAUGCCAGGUAUCAAGGUGUAUGUGUUGAGAUAUUUCAGCAGGAGCAGCAAGAUUUUCAGCAAGGUUUAAAAGUCUACUUUUGCAUAUAGUGUUACACACCACCCCAAUCUCCGAGUGGUGUGAGUUUCUGGGCACUUACCUAGGGUCCGUGUUUCCUUUGGAAAUGAGGCACAGCAGAGACUGUGGUGUCUUUAGGAUCUAUGGUUUAUUUACACAUAUAUACAACCUGAGCCUGCAGUGGAGGGGCUCCCAGCUUUACACUCCAAGAGGGUCUUGCUUCUCCCAUAGAUGCAGCCCUGGUUUCAAACAGACACGGCCAUCCUGCCUGUUGCCCUGAAACUUACGUUGCUCUCCCACCCACACAACUCCUGACUCCCAGGCAGCCGCCUAGCUUGCUUCUCCGUUGCAUCGCUGCUAACCGACUGAAAAACCUUUCCCCCUUCAAUCCUGAAACACGACCACUUCUGCCUUUUUCUCCGCUAACUAACACAGAGCCCCUCUACCAUCUUUGCUUCUGGCUCAUCAGCCUGCCUUUGUUCCCUGCUGAUGGCCCCCCUUCUCCCAGGCAAUUUCUUGAGCAAGGAAAAACUGAUUUGGCCUGUAUUUUGGCACUGCUAAACUCAAUACCUGGCAGCCCAUCUUAAUGCUCCAAUCAUUGAUUAAACUCCAACACCCACUAGACCCAGGAAUUCAGGGGAGUCAAGGUGCCCACAAACUCAUAACAAUAUUGAAAGAUAUAAAGAUAUUGAGCCUAUGAUGGAGGGGCUCACAGCAUUAGCACCC